AUGUCCGCCUUACCGGUGUGGGUUGUCGAUUUUGACGGUCAAGUGGAACUAUAUCGUUCAACCAAUCCACUCGUCGGUCCUCUUGUUACCAAUAUAACUGAAGAUAUCAUUGGAUCUAGUCCGGUUUACGACGAGCGUGCGUAUGUAGCUAUCAUUAUCAACUCUAAUGCUACGGCACUUUUGUAUGCAGCGCUUUCGAAGGGGAAUACCUCGUAUAACCCUAAAGGUGCGGUCUCGGUCGUUACUCUGUCUACUCGUGAUCAGGUAUCCUUUUCAAGUUAUAUUACGCCUGCGAUUUACCAGUUCGAAAGUGCGGUCCUUUCUAAAUUCGGUUCGGCCUGGGUCAAAGUGGUCGCUAACGAGAAUUUCACUCAACUUGCCACAGUUCCUCAGGCUGUGAAUCCAGGUAUUGGAUUCACAAGCUUGGAUCUAAGGCCAUUUAGGCCCGCAAUUAUAUGGCGUAUUGUGUCCAAUAUUGUGGCAUAUUUUUUCCUAUCACUUUUCUACUCGUUUGUGUCUUUAGCAUACUAUGUCCCCCUAUCAAACCCUUCAGCUCCUGGGACUGUCCCGGCCACUAACGCCAACAAAUAUGGAGCCCGCUCCUUCGUUGUAUAUUGGAUGCUUAAUUGGGUUGGCAUAUCUGCCCUUGGAUUUCUAUAUGAAAAUAUAGCAAUGGUUAUUACUAAUGUGGGGACCGGGUUUUAUGCUUUGAAUCUUGCCCCAAUGAUUGAAACAGUUGUAGAAGCCUCUCGUACAAUUCUCUUCGACACUCACUCACGCAUCGGCCUUGACUUCGCUAUUCUCUUCGUUUGGAUUGCUGUGUCGCUGGCAUUCUUCCCUGUUGCCAACUUUAUCAUGCGUUGGAGGAUAAUGCGUUUCGGAAAGUAG